AUGUCAAGUUUUUGGCAAUGUGCAUCGCCUCAUACUUGUAUAUUUGUCUUGUUAAUUUUGUUCAAGAUUACGACUUCUACAAGUAAAUCAUCAUCAGUCUCAUAUUCUGAACAAUGUGCUUCUGUUAUCCCUGAGGCAACACCGACAACUUAUGCCUAUGUUACCUUUCCUAGUCUGCAAACAUCAACUUCAUUUUUUUCCGGUGUUGAAAGAAUUUUUGGCAAGAAUUCAUCACAGGAUUCGCCAAUUUCUUUUAACUUUCAAUCCUCAAGAAAUGUCUAUGCAACAAAUAGUCCCGGGGUGUACAAAAUUGAUGCGGAGUUGACUUUCCAGGUGUAUAAUCAUAUGUAUUUUCCAGCAAGCAAUUCAUCUGAUGGGAAAUCAUCUCCUCGUCGCAGGAGAUCUGGUAUAUUGAAGUUCGUGCUAAGUGGUUUUUGGUCAGAGUCCUCUGGGAAAGGUUGUUUUGUUGGAGAUGCUCCGUGGUACUCGAGUGCAGGUGAGCCUCUUGAUCUUGAAGCUGUGUUUAUGAUAAAGUAUUCCAAGAGCUCAAUUUAUUCUAAUGGUUUUGUAUCUGGAGAGUUAAAGAGUUUGAGUCAUCUAAAUGAUGAGGCUUAUUUUGAACCGAUUUCAAUAUUGUCUUUUCCUCGAGUAAAUGAGUAUGAGUACCAGUUAAUAUCUGAGGAAACUCUGAGAGGUUUCUAUGUUUUUGAAGAUGAUGAAAAAUAUUCGGUUCUUGGCUCACACCCUCGAACAAUAUGCUCAUUCUUUGACAGAAACUAUGUAACUUUUAGAUUGGAGUAUGCAAGCAGUUGCAGUAGUUCCUUGAAGAGUUGUUCUCCACUUGACGGGGUUCCUGGAAUUAGGCCUACUUAUGUUUCUUUGUACUCCAUUCAAUGCUAUGAGUGCGGUAACAAGAUGCGUUUUUUGGUACAACUUACUAACAGGAGCUAUGUUGGGAGGGAUGAUAUGUUUGAUCCCAGCACAACAUUAGUAGGGGAAGGAAUGUGGGAUGAGGCCAAGAAUCGUCUAGUCAUUGUUGCUUGCAGGAUUUUGAGUUCUGGUUCUUUGGAAGAUACACGUGUUGGGGACUGUUCAUUCCGGUUGAGCCUGUAUUUUCCUUCGUUAUGGUCACUUAAAAACAGAGAGAAGGCUGUGGGACAGAUCUGGACAAACAAGACUGCACAAGAUGUAGGGUACUUUGACAGAAUCAAAUUCAGGACUUCUGAUGCGUACAUUAGAAUUCCUGGUUUUACGUAUCAGUAUACUGAAAUCGGGAAGGUAAAUAAGCUAUGCCCAAAGAAGGCAUUAACAAAGGGGGAGAGUUUCCCAAGUGGAAAGUCUUCUGCUAUGAGGUUUGAUUCGUCUGUGCCAAACUCUGCAUAUUUUGUUUGGAAUUCUGCAGCACCUGUCUUCAUAGGCAAUGAUCUGUAUGCAGAAUCCAGAGUUCAGUUUGAAAAUGUUGUUUCUGAUAAUGCUCCAAUGAAUGUCAGUUACAAAAUAACUUUUUCACCAGCUCGUGGUCUCAUUUUGGAACCUGGCCUUUCUUCACUGAAUACAUCUUUGGAUUCAUACGGUCAGCUAAUCAUCUCUGCUGAAGGCGUUUACGAUGCUGGAACUGGCUACCUUUGUAUGGUAGGCUGUAGAGAUCUACCUUCCAACAAUUCCCUGGACUGUGACAUAGUACUGACUUUCCAGUUCCCUGGAUCAAGCAAGACUAAAGAAGGUUUUAUUAGCGGUAGCAUGCACAGCACAAGGAAUCAAAGUGACCCUCUUUUCUUCGAGCACUUAAACAUGACAACAUCCUUUUCCAUCAGUUCUGAAUCACCGCGGUCUAUAUGGAGGAUUGAUUUAGAGACAUCAAUAGUCUUGAUCCCGGACACAGUUGCUUGUAUCUUUGUUCUUUUCCAACUCUACCAUGUGAGGAGGUACCCUGAUACCCUUCCUUCUGUUUCACUUCUUAUGCUUGUCAUACUUACAUUGGGGCACGUGAUCUCUCUCGGGUUAAACUUUGAAGCCGUUUUCAUGACAAAACGGAAUACAUAUAAUACAAUGUUCAUUAGUUCUGGAUGGCUUGUAGUGAAUGAGGAGAUUGUAAAACUGAUUACACUGGCUGUCUUCCUCGUGCAAUCUCAUCUCAUCCGAUUAGCCUGGACUGCACGACAAUCAGGUGAGAAUAAUCCACAGGCCAUAUCAGCUGCCGAGAGAAAGACUUUUAUAGUGUUUUUGCCACUAUACCUAGCUGGUGGAUUGAUUGCCUUUUUUGUCAACUCGAACAAGAAUCCCUUUGGCAAUGCACCGCCUACAUUUGACUAUCCACAAGCUCACCGCCAUCAGCAUAGAGCCCGGGGCGAUCUAAAGGCAUACGCCAGCCUAAUCCUUGACGGCUUUCUCUUCCCUCGAGUCCUUCUUAACAUGUUUUAG